AUGCCAGCUAAACGACGUCGGUUGCUAACAACGAGUCGACGACGAAGAAAAUCUAAACCGUCACCAAUAGAGAUGCUCUAUCCGCAAUUUUUCGAUGAAAAACAGCACGAGAAGAGUCAAUCAGAUCUUCAAACGAUUCCCGAUCAGACGUUUGGAAAAAUCUAUUCCAUGCCGGUCAUCGAAGAAAUUUCUUCUUCGAAUGCAUCAUCCAUGAUCGAACCAGAUCCAACUGAUGUAUCAACGAAAAAACAACGAUCAGGAAGACGAAUACAAAAAAGAAAACGAAUUUAA